AUGGUGAAUUUAACUUCUAUUGGCGUGAAAGGCGCCAAGAGCGAAGUCCAUGUCGUCCAAGCUCAGGCACCAGAUUUUGAGAAAGUUGACUGGAAAAGAGAACCUCAUCUUCGAAAAUUGUAUCUCAUGGCUGUUGUAUUGAUGGUCGCAUCGGCUACCACUGGUUAUGAUGGAAUGUUGGUAAAUACGUCACAGCUUUUACAAACUUGGGAAGACUUCUUCUCUCCCCAGGUAGGACAGUCCAACUGGCUGGGUUUGUUAGUCAACAUGUUCAACAUUGGUUCUAUCGUCAGCUUUUUCAUCACUCCCUACGUGGCAGAUAACUUCGGCCGAAAGAUUGCUAUCAUUAUUGGUUGCUGCUUUAUGGUCCUGGGGGGCUUUAUCACUACAUUUUCGACAAGCUAUGGAAUGUACAUUGCGGGCCGAUUCCUUCUCGGAUUUGGAAAUUCUUUUGCACAAAUGUGUUCACCUAUGCUCCUCAUUGAGUUGUGCCAUCCGCAGCAUCGUGGCCCCGUCACUGCUAUUUACAAUUGUCUAUGGAAUGUUGGAGCUCUUCUUGUCGCCUGUAUUGGUUGGGGAACAUCAUAUGUCGAGGGAAACUGGUCGUGGAGGUCCAUCACAUUUAUCCAAAUAGUGCCUUCAGUAAUUCAACUUAUGUUCAUCUGGUGGAUUCCUGAGUCGCCUCGAUACCUGGUUUCGAAGGACAGGAAUGAAGAAGCCCUCGCCAUUCUCACAAAAUACCACGGCGGUGGGGACGUGCAAGAUCCACUAGUUCAGUUUGAGUACAGAGAAAUAAGGGAAACCCUUCGUCUCGAAGUUCAAGCUGGUAAUGAAAGUACCUACAUUGAUUUUUUUCGAACAAAGGGAAAUCUGUGGCGACUGAGUAUUCUUAUCUCUCUUGGGAUCAUCUCACAGUAUUCGGGAAAUGCUUUGUUUUCUAACUACAUGAACGCGAUAUACGCCGGUGCUGGUAUUACGACGCAAAAUCAGAAGCUCGCUCUUAGCACUGGAAAGACCAUUCUCGACAUCAUCGCCACAAUUUCCGCAGCGACUCAGGUCGAUAAAUUUGGUCGACGGCCACUCUUCUUGGUUUCUACAGUUGGAAUGUUACUAGCGUUCGUCUGUUGGACUAUCACAGGUGCAGUCUACGAAAAUUCCAAUAGCACUAACUCUGGGUCCGGGUAUGCUCAAUUGGUGUUUAUUUGGAUCUUCGGGAUCUUUUAUGAUAUCGGAUUUUCUGGUCUUUUAAUCGCGUACGCACUUGAGAUCUUACCCUUCAAACUUCGCGCCAAAGGUAUGAUGAUUAUGAACAUUACCGUUCAGGCCAUACUUGCAAUCGGAAACCAAACCAACAUUCUUGCAUGGAAUAACCUUCCACAUCACUGGAACUUUAUGCUCUUCUACACUUUAUGGGACUUCGUUGAAUUUUUGUUUGUCUACUUUUUUUACGUAGAAACCAAGGGACCUACGUUGGAGGAGGUAGCAAGGAUUUUCGACGGCGACGAUUCCGUCGCACAUAUUGAUUUGCACCAGAUCGAGAAGGAGAUGUCUGCUGAGCGCCGGGAGUUCCAAGUCACAGAGAGCAAAGCAUGA